AGAGAAAGAAAGAUCAGCUUAUGAGAAGGGAGAGAGAGAGACGGAGAGAGAAGAAGGAGGGGUCAGAGUCUGGAAGAAGCCGAGUGGGUGUUCUCUUCACUUGUCCAUCCUUCCGCAGUGGGAGGUGCGUGCCGCACUAACGAUUGGCUGCGUCUUUCGUCCACGGCACCGGCUUCCAGACACAGGAACGGGCACGGGCACGGGCACCAGCUGCUCCUGGAUGAUACAGCCCAUCUUAGCCCCCGCCAGUGGAGCGUGACGGCAUGGCUCUUGAGCUGGCUAAGCCCCCGCUACAGCCUCAGGCCACUCACACCGCUCACCCUGCCCUGCCCUCAGGUGCGUGCUGAGCCCUUGCCACCGCCCCUGCCUCCAGAGACCACCGUUAAUUAUAGGCUCCGCUCUGCACGUGUAUUUUUCCCUGCGUCAACAAGAGAGGAAGGAUGCCUUGAGAGUGCAAGCCUGGGAGGAAGAAACCUCAUCUGGCGUGGAAGUCAGAGCUGCGUCUUGGAUGCUAACAAGGUUAUCCUGCCAGCGCUUGAAGAUCGUCACUGCUUUCUCUUGGUCUCUCCCCCCCCUCCCCCAAGCGAUCUGAUAAUGGACAGCACACUUUACGAGCCACGACGCGCGAUGCCAACAGCGUUGCUCCCACUGCUGCUGCGUAGCUUUCGGAGCUAGAAGCCUGCUGUCUGGAGACCAAACUUUCACAAUAGACGAGAAGGGGAUCAAAAGCAAACAAACGAGCAGAGACAACCCAAGAGGGAUGGAGGUUGGAACGGAGGACUCCUCGGUCGGACUUUGUGCACCUCUGGACGCUGCGUCCCCUGCGGGCCCAUCCUCGGAAGCUCCUCCUGAAGCUAGCCCCGAGGAGACUGCUGAAGAGGAGGAGGAGGAGGAGGAAGAGGUGGUAGGGGAGGGUGGGGGGGAGCGUGGUCCGCUGGGCUGCCUUGGCUUGGCAGCCGCCUCCUGCUGCGUAUGCGUGGAGCUGGAGCAGAUACGCAGCUGUGCCCGUUCUGAGAAGAUCUGCAUCCUGCCUAUCCUUGCCUGCCUGCUGAGCCUGGCGCUCUGUACUGCCGGCCUCAAGUGGGUCUUUGUGGACAAGAUCUUCGAGUACGAGCCACCCACCCACCUGGACCCAAAGCGAAUCGGCCAGGACCCCGUGGUCAUUGACGCUGACCCCACUCUGGGGCUCCCUGUGUCUGCCUCGCACCCUGCUUCAUCCAUUACCCUGCCGUCAUCCCCUAGCACCACCACGAACCCUGGACAGCCUGAGGUGUUCGUGGAGGGUGAGUCUACGGCAGGCCCCUUCGCACCUGCCCCACCCAAGGUGACCCCCACAUCAGCAUUGACUAGCCGCACAGGCCCCAAUGUCUGGCCCAUCCCAAAAACCACCCCAGAACCUGGCAGGAACAGCACACCAAGCCAACAUCCUAGUCUGGAAUCUAACAACAUCAUUACUAAAACCUCAACCACCAGCACCACACCUGCGGCUAAGACGUCCAGCCACGUGACACGCUGCAGCGAGAAAGAGAAGGGUUACUGCGUGAAUGGCGGAGAGUGCUUCACCCUGGAGGUCACACCCAAAAGCAUCAAACGCCUCUGCAGGUGCCCAAAUGAGUUUACUGGUGACCGCUGCCAAAACUACGUAAUGGCCAGCUUCUACAAACAUCAUGGGAUUGAAUUUAUGGAAGCUGAGGAGUUGUAUCAGAAACGCGUAUUAACAAUAACAGGCAUCUGCAUUGCUCUGCUUGUUGUUGGCAUCAUGUGUGUGGUGGCCUACUGCAAAACAAAGAAACAGAGGCAAAAGCUGCAUGACCGCUUGAGGCAGAGUGUGCGAGAGCGCAACGCCUUGGCCAACGGGCAGCAGUGUCCCCGAACCCCCCACACGCCUCUGCCACCACCUCCACAGAGCCUGCAGCUUGUUAGCCAAUAUUCGUUGAAAAAUGCUGUCCCUCCCCAGCACGUGAUCGAGAAGGAAACAGAGACAUCAUUUUCCACAGGCCACCACACACUGUCGACCCAGCCAUCCAACACAGCUACUCACACCUCCAGCCACUGCUGGAGUAAUGGGAAGACAGUGAAUGCUGGGUCUGAUACUCGUGUAGCCAUAGUGAUCCUGUCAGCAGAGGGCAGCAGGAACGGCACUCCCAGUCACCGUGGGCGUCUGAAUGCCACUGGUGGCAGUGGAGACCUGAAUUCGCACCUGAAGAACUCAAAAGAAAUAACAGAAUCAUACAAAGACUCCCCAUACAGUGAGAGGUAUGUUUCCACUAUGACAACACCAACCCACCUCUCACCUGUGAAACUGCUCUCCCCGGGAACACCCUCAUCGCCUCCCUCUGAGAUGUCAGUACCUCUCUCCAGCCUGGCAACCUCUGUCCCUUCCAUAGUGACAAGCCCUUCAGGUGAGGAAGAGCGCCCCCUGCUGUUCCAUGAGAAGUCAGACUCGAGCAAGGUGCAAGAAGCCAUCCGGAACCGGCAACACCGCUCCUCGGCCCACUACAACCACGCCCUAGAGGCAGCCAGCCCGCCCCCAAGCCCACUACACAUCACUGAAGAUGACCGGUAUGAGAGCAUCCAGGAGUGCGAGGGUGUGCCCACUGCUGCGUCCACCCCCACCUCCACCCCCCGCAGUCCUGUAGCCAGUCGCCCGUCCAAAAGAACCAAGGCCGCAUUUGGAGCCGGCCAGGCUGCGCAGCCAGAGGUGGGCAGCGACGCCAGCUCCGAGAGCAGCGGCUCAGAGAGCGAGAUGGAGGACGAACCUGUGAGUGAGGAUACACCCUUCCUCAGCAUACAAAACCCUGGGGCAGCAAACACGGGCAUCCUGGCCCUGGACGUGCUGGACAGGAGCAGGACUAACCCCGCACUGCGCCUCUCCCCACAAGAUGACCUGCAGACCAGACUCGCCAGUGUAAUGGCCAACCAAGAUCCCAUUGCUGUGUAAAAGUAACAUACCAACGCUUAAAAACAGAAUAAGUAAAAAAACACUUAUGUCAGAUACUAAAAGAAUUAUACAGAGUCAACACUAAACCUUUAUUUUCUAUAAAUUAAGUAUUUGAGGGAAAUAAGUAAACACAAUAAAAUAACUUUUAUUUUAGUGAUGUAGUGAAACAAAGUCUUUUAUAAAUUAAAUGUAUGAAAUGUGUUUAACAAAAGUGCCAUUCACAUGUAUGUAGCAGUGGUCCCAGUAUUUCAAGGGCAGAAAAAUAUCAAUGGUGCCUUUAAUUUCAGCAUGGAGAACUAAAGGAACCUGCAUUAAGACACAGAGCCAUAUAUUCAAGACUGUCAGCUAACAGAAGACAUUUCCUGGAACACCACUAGCAUCCAGUGCUGACAUAAAUCACAGCUGACAUAUAAAGAUCAUUAAAUGUCACUGUAGGACAAAAAGUGUUGAUCUUUAUUGUCAAAUUAUACAAAUUGUUUUUUUAUUAUUAAUAGUAAAAUAAUUAUUGAGUCUUUUUUAUAAGCUAGUCACUUGAAAAUGUACAAUCAAAAAAUUAGAAAACCAAAUGAGUAAUUGGACGAUAUUGGAAAAUAUUACAACUGCAAAAGAGCAAUCGAUCAGUUAUCAGUCUUACUUGCUUGUACACUCUGUCAUACACUAGAAGUCACAGGUUAGUAAGUCUGUCACAUUUAAACAAAAUAUUAAUCCAUUCAAUAUCAUUAAGCAGCUCAUAUGUGGCUGUUAAAUUAUUUAUCUAUAAGCAUAUUUCUGAGACUGUCUGAACAACUGAAUAUAUGGCUCACUAUGUCAGCAAUCUGUCGAACACAUCCAUUGGCUUCAUGAGUAAUGCAUUGUGGGGAAAGUAUAGCACCAAUUUAUGACCCAAAUUCCAGAUUGUAUGGAAGACACCAAGAACAUUUUUCAAUUUGUUUAAAUAUUUUGUCCUAAUCUUUUGCCCUUCAAUAUCCAGGUACACUACAUUACUCCCAAAGUGUUCCUUUGUCCUGGUUUUAGGCCAUGUAAAUGUAAAUACUUGUUUAACAUAGUCACUUACAUUUUGUAACCUAAAAAAAUUAGUAGGACAAGGCAAAUAAAAUGUUUUACCAGAUCCUUGCUUGAGAAAAGGAGGGGUUCCAGACACUAAAUUAUUGGCAUUAGCUAUGAAUCAGUAAUGAUCCAUAAAUGCCUCUGAGUACUACCUUAAUUUUCACAUUCACAGUACUUAUUGUGUUAAUUAAAUUAACAGACAUUUGGCAAAAGUAAAAAAAAAAAAACGAUAUUGAUAUCACUUGUGAUACUCGUAGCCGAAUUGUUUUUAAUUGUUCUAGUUUGUUAUUGAAAAAUGUUCGUUAAACAAGUUUUUUUCUGUUUGCAUUGCUUUAUUUAGGUCUUUGUGUAUAUGUACAGUGUAAUAACUAUUCUUGUACAGUAUUUUGUUACAUUCAAAUGAUAUAUUUUGGGGUCAGAAAAAAAAUAUGGAGGAUGAGUGCUUAUUAAUUUCAGCAAAAUAAGUUUUUUUUUAAUAUAAAUCUUUAACUGUCUACUUGGCUAAGCAGACAGAUGACCCAAUAACACACCCAUAAAAAAAAGAUAUUUCCUAUAGCUUUGGUGAAAAAGUCUUUUUUCUUCAGAGUUAACCCUUUAAUAAUCAUAAUUGCCAUUUUCUAUCAGAAAAAAUCUGGCUCAGUGAUGUUUUCAUUUUAUAGUAUAUUUAUUUUAUCUAUUUAUUAUUUAUUUAUUUAUUUAUUACUUUGGCCUACUAUAUCAACUAGCCUACAAUCUAUAUUUUAAUGUAGAUAUUUGAAUCUAUCAAAAAAUCAUUACAUUUAAACUUUGUUUUAAUUUUUCACCAUUUCAUUCCAUUAUAUUCCUACACAUUGUUUUAUGUUUGAGGCCUAAUAUUGCAAAAAAAAAAAAACAUAAUAAAUGAAUAAAUUCACAAUCGCUUAAAGUCAUGAGUGUACACUUACAUCAUGCUAAGCUAAUAAAGCCUCUGACUCACCUGUGGAGCCCAUAUUAAUAAUACCCCAUGAUGCAUUGCUUUCAAACCAAGGAGUGUCUUUGAUCUUAUGUAAAUAUGCCUCCAACAGCUUGGAUUUUUUUUAAUUCAAAGACUAUUAAGGCAAGAUUUGUGUUUCUGAGGCCCAUGUCCUCAACACCUAUGCGUCCAUUUCACCAGUGAUACUUUUGUGACAUUACAGUAGGUAAUUAUGUGUAAAUUGUCUUCAAUUUGGUAAAGAAAAAAAACUGUUUGAUGAUUGUUUUCAGAUAAAUAAUAUGUAAGAGGAUGAGCUGUUAAUCCUUUGCUGGGUCUCUGUUUAGUCAACUAUGACUGCACUGUUCAACCACAGUACAGGUACCAGAGAGGGAACAAGAGCAAAUGUAUAUGAAGACAAAAUAAUAAACUAUUGUUUCCACAGCUGCAUGAGCACACAAAAUGACAAAUGAAUUGCACAAAGUAUGCAUUAUCAGAGAUGUCUUUCAAGCCCAUUACAGUGGUCAAAGUCUUACAGAUCCCUCUUCUAAAUGUCAUUAAAGAGCUGUUAAUUUUUAUCCAA